AUGAACGUGACUGAGCUGGCACUUGAUCCCAUCUUAAUCCCAUUUGAUGAUACGUACAUCUUGUACGACCCUUCUGAUCUUCUGUCGUAUGUGCUAGUGUACUUCUCGCUGCUUCCCAUUGGGAUUUUGAUCUUCUACUUUUCGUGGUUUCUGGCGACCCGGGAACUGGAAGCGGUGAUUAUCGCAGGAGGGCAGUUCGUCAAUGAGAUCUUGAACAACAUUCUCAAAAAUAUCAUCAAGCAACCGCGUCCUGCGUCUUUUGGCAGCUCCUUCCAGAAAGAUACUCUGAGGUCUGCUUACGGUAUGCCAAGCGCUCACUCACAAUUUAUGGGCUUUUUUCUGGCGUAUUGGUCCCUGAGGCUUGUCUUGCAAUGGGAAGGGAUUGGUAGAGCCAGGAAAGCAGGUAGCAUCUUGGCUAUGGUCGUGACCACGGCAAUGGUGGCACUGUCCCGCAUAUAUUUGGGUUACCACUCACGGGCACAGGUUAGCAUCGGGGUAGCUCUAGGUGGUCUCUUGGGAUCUCUUUACUAUUUGGCAGUUGGCAUCGUACGUUACUUGGGGCUCUUAGAUUGGAUUCUAACCUGGCGCAUAGUACAGCGUAUGUGGGUUAAGGAUUCCUUUAACUGUAGCUCUAAAAGUCUCAAAGAGGAAUUCGAAGCCUGGAACCUGAGAAAGGUAACGUCAAAGCACAGGAAAGAGCACUCGGACAAGAAAAGUCUGUAA